AUGCCCCUUAAUCUCCUUUUGCACGAAGACAAUCAUCAGAAACGAUCAAUGAUAGUUUUGGAUAGCGCCUACGACGAACUACGUUUCAGUAUCAUUGGCAACAAAGACUUGAAAUACAAAUUAGUCGGUAAUGUCCAGUUUAUAAAACAGCUCACCACAGAUUUUGAACAUCUUAUCAAUCAACUUACUGAAGCAGCCAAUCUUUCAUUAGAGGACACUAGUUAUUUACUCGAGAAUUUAGAGAAACUUUCUGUAAUCACCAACAUUUUAUGUUUAUUUAGUAUUGAAGUCGACAACAAAAAAGACCAAAACAUCACUGAAUGCCUUUUGUCAAUGCAAUCAGUAUUGAAUCCCAUGAUUGGGUUAUUGAAUUAUUUCAUCCAGUCUUUUGUUCCUGUUUUAUAUAAACACAAGGAAGACCCAUUAUAUUUGAAUAUUCAAAGAAAAUUUGAAAGUGUCAUAGGCUAUACUUUGGAAAUCUUAAUGGGAUUAGCAAAUAUCAAAGAUCACAAUUUAGAUGCAAAGAUGUUAUGGAGAUUUAUAAUUUCAUUAUUGAUAGUGACUGAUGAUAAGCAUGAACAGUUAUGUUUUAUUAGCUCGACAUUAUUGAUUAAGCUGUUGAAAUUAGUACCGUUAUUAUUAGGAUCAACAUGUAGAGUCACCAAUGACUCGCUUAUUACAUUGUUAACGGCAUUAUUGAAUCGUUUGUCGAGAAAAUGUGAUACAAUUAUCAACACCCAUAUAACCGUCCUAUUCCCGUCUUCAAGUAAUCAAAUAUUGCACCAAAUGGCAUUUGAGGAUUCCUGUUUACCUAAUAUCGAUUUAAAUAGAACCAUUCUUGAGAAAACAGUUAACUCACAACUAUUACUAGAGCUUAUAACCUGCACGGCUCAAAUUUUCAGUUUUAUGAAAACCAAUGACUAUGAUAUUUUAAUGGCACUCCCCAGUGAUUCUGUUUAUUCUAUGAAAGAGGACAAAUCUAGUAAAAAGAAAAGGAAGGCUUCAUUUUCUAAAACCUCCACGGAUUUUUCACUGAAUAUAUCUUCAUUACCGGUUGUAGAGUUAUCUGUCAAUGUGUAUUUAGCUUUAUUACUUUUAGUAAAGUAUGACAACUGGGCAUUGAAUCUAGCAUCAUUAAACUUGAUUGCAUCCUAUUUGAAGAAUUUGAAACCUUUGGAAGAUGGUGAAAAAGCUUUAAUUUUCAGAAGUUAUAAGAAAUUGUUCCCUCGAAUUAUUUCAAUGUUAGAAUUGAAAAAUGAUUACACAGGAUGUAUGAACAAAAAAUCGAAAAAUCCAACCUCAUCUGCUUCUGCCUUGACAUCGAUAGCCUCCUUUUCCAACAAAAUCAAAUCAUUAAAUCAGACAGAAUUCAGAUUGCACGAUUACAAGAUACCAAUGUUCUUGCUCUCACCAGCUCGAAUAUUAUCAGACUUGUGCCUUCAAUAUCCUCGAUUAAAUGAUGAUAUCCAUGACACUAAUAUAGAUUAUAAAUUGGUUGAAAAACUACAAAUUUGUUAUCAAUCCAGCAAAUUACUUAAAAUAUUAAAGUCUUUGAAAUCGAGUAGUAACAAUGGGAAAACCUUGGUAGACUUUACCGUAAUGUUGACUAUCGAUAAAGAUGAAACUGAGGUGUCUGACUUGUUGUUGCUUUUGAGUGUUUAUACUUCGAAUCGAGAGGAAUAUCGGAGUAGAGUAGUAAGUGUCCCACAAGAAUACAGUGUUAACGUCACGGAAAUUAUAUUUGAAAUUGUCGACAAUUAUUAUUUUUUACUCAAUCAGUUGCAUUUAGCAUAUCGUUUAUUAAAUCCAAAGAAAAGAAGAAACCUAAAUGGAAUUACAAGGGCAACUAAAGGGAUUUCUGAUAUCGAUUUGCCAUGGUUUGGUAGAAAUUUAGGAAUUAUAAGCACGUUGCACGAUGAUUCUAUCUUUACAAACUGUUUUUACUUUAUCCGUUCUGUUUCUCGAUCAGUGGCUACAUUAAGAACUUUUUUUGUUGAAUGCAAUUCUUUUAAAAGUUUUUCAGCUAGUGAUGAAGUAACUGAUAAUGAACAAGCAAGUGGUGGUCAGGUUAGUUUACGAAGUGGUAAUGGUGGUGAUAAUCUGGCUAACAAUGCUGGUUCUUCAACAAUAAGGACAACAGUAAGUGCACCUAGAGUUGUAUCUGGAACUAACAGUAACUCCAAUUCCAAUGCGGCAGUUACUUCAUCGUCUGCAGGAUCCAAUUCAGUCACCAAUGGACCACCCGGAGGGUUUAUUUUUGACAUUUUGCAAAUCAUUCACGAGUAUGAGGUUUUGAUGAAGAUUUUUGAGUUUUUUUAUGGUGUGAAUAAUACCAGUGACAACUAUGAUCGCAACGAAAUGAAUAUUGGAAAAUGCAAAAAAAUAGUUAUGACCAACAAGUCUAUCUGUAUUGGAUCUCUUGCUAAUUUCAUAUUAGAUUUCAGUUCGUUUAGAUAUAAAAUUAUUGGUAAUGAAAGUUUCCUAUCAAGCUUGUUAACUAUUUAUCAAAAUUCAUCUACCGAUAAUAUUGAUGAAUCUAUUCCUAUUACUAGUUCCAAGGGACAAUCAAUUUUAGAAGAAAUAUAUCAAAAGAACGAUAUUCAAUUGAAGAUUUUACAAGUUAUUAAGAAUUUUAUGUACAAUGAAGCUACCGAAAACAAAAAAGAAGUUUUGGAUUGUUUUUCGUUGAAUUUUAUUUUGCAAAAGGCAAGUUAUGGAUUAGGCAGUAAUGAAACUAACAGUCAUCACAAGUCUCGAUUGAUAGAUAAUGCACAUGUAAGACAAAUAAAAUUACAACAAAAAAUAACUGCCUUUGAAAUUUUAAGGAACUUUAUUGCUGGAUCGCCUCAUUUCAACUCAUUAUUAAUUGAUGCCUAUGAAAAGGAUUUUGUUCAAUUUGAACAUGCAAAUGGUAAUACAGGGAUUCCCAAUACAUGGUUUCAAUUCUUGAUUCAAAAUGUGAGUAACGUCAAUAUAUUCUUACCUGAUUUCAAUUAUAAACAUAAUAAUAAUAACAAAAGUGGUCCUUUCAGAGAUACAGAAGCUCAACUCAAACUUUUUUAUGAAAAUGAUGAAGUUUUAAGCAAACUAAUCCAAGAUGAAAAGUAUGUGAGAUUGAUUCGAGCAAUUAAUCAUACUGAAGAUCAUAAAUAUAGUGUCAUUGAUAAAAGCAAACGUAACUGGUUCCCCAAUGAUGGCUUGUUGGAGAUUUGGCUUAGAUUAUUGUCGUUCAAAAUACCCGAGUCUGUUCUUGAUGAAUUGGAAAAUGACAGUGAUAGAGUUAAUUUAUUUAAUAAUUUGUACAGUAUCCAAUCAUCGAUCAUUUGGAUAAUUGUAAAUUUGACAUGGAAAUAUUCACGAUUUGGGUACAAUAUUCAUGAUUAUAGUAAAUAUGAUGUUUAUCAAAAUGUUGAUGGCUCAAGGUUCCCAACAAGUACUAAUCAUAGAAUUUACAUUGAUGAAGAUGAAGACCAAGGUGAGGAUGUUAUAAUGGAUGAUCCUAGUGAAAUACAAGAGCAACAACAACAACAACAACAAGACAAAUCAUCAUCAGUAUCGGCAAGAACUCCCAGUAGCAGAGGGACUGAAAAGAGAAAAUUAGAAGGUCUAUCUAACACUCAUGAAUCAUCUGUUUAUGAGAGAGCGAAACAUUUAGAUGAAAUGGGAUUCACUCAGGUUAUCAAGCAAUUAAUUAAAUAUUAUACUGAUCAAGCAAAUGAUAACUUAUUCAAUAAGAGCUCUCCAGAUGAAUCAAGAAUGGAUAAUGUGUCAGUGUUAUCCACAGUUCUUUUUGGCAAGGGACACGAUAUAUUAGAGAAAUUGGAUACUGCCUUGAGACAAAUAACUGUAUUAUUAAAUACAAACACUAACAGUAAUAAAAGAGGCAGAGAUAAUAGUGUUGGUGGUACAUAUGGUCGUUCCAAUGAUGGCAAUGAUAGUUCUGGGUAUAAGAAUCUGUAUAAUAGAGAAUUAAGAUUACAAGUUGAUGGUGACAACGUUACUAUCACAAAGAAGUAUCCAGAUGACGUUUUAGAAGGAACUGCAAAUCGAAUAUCUGAACAACAGAGACAACAAGAAAGAGAAAGACGAGAUAAUGUCAGAUAUCAGAUAUCUCAAAGACGAGAAGCCAUUGAUUCAGAAGACAAUGAUGAUGAUGAAGAAAUGGAAGUAGAUCAAGGUCAACAAGCCACAGGUGGUGAUGAUGAUGGGGAUUUUGAAUAUUCAGUUCAAGCAGAUUAUCAAGAUCGAGGUGAUGAUUCCGAGAGUGAAGCUAGUGAUGAAAUACCAGAUGAAUAUUGGAUAAUGUAA